GAAGCGGCGGAGCCGCGAAGGAUCGGUGGGCUUGGCUGCGGUGUGAGGGGGCGAACGGGUUGAAUCCCCUUCCCUGCCGGGGCAGUACCCGGGGGAGGCGGCUGAGACUCGCCCUCGGGUGGGGGGAUAAAGCCAAAACGCCCUGGGCCCUUCAGGGACUCCUGACGGGAGUGGCGGGCGGUCAGCGAGGGGAGAGGGAGCGGGAAAGGGACGGAGAGGAGCCGAGAGGCGUAUCCUCACACGGCAGGGAUUAGUGACCGUCGUGACAAACCCGUUUACCUUCAGGGACGUCAGAUUAAAAAAAAAUAAACACCCACAAAAACUUAGUAUCUAAAGUUCGGUCCUUUCUUCUGUAUAUGCUCUUCCCUUCAACUGAUUGCAUCUCCUUGUGAAAUGCAAGGGUCUACGAUCCACAAAACACAAUCGGGUGAUUCGUUCUGAGGAUACCGGGAACCCGUGGGUGCUCAGCCUCCUCCCGUCCGCUGCCGUCCGUCCAGCCGCCUCGCAGCUGCCAGGGAUCCCGAUUCCAGAGGCCUUUCCCUCCCCAAGGCAUCGGCUGCCUUCCCCUGAUACCUCCAAAUGGCUGGGUCAGGUAGAGGAAGAGGACGUGCUUCGUUUACCUUCAACAUUGAGGCUAUUGGAUUUGGUAACGGUGCAGCUCUACCUGAUGUCAUCUGUAAGCCUCCACUACCAUUUCCAAGUACAGACAAUAAGCCAGUGCCUCUGAAAACAGGAGAAGGUGAAGACUACAUGUUGGCCUUAAAACAAGAUCUUAGAGGAACUAUGAAAAGAAUGCCGUACUUUUUGACAGUAGAAGAACAACAUCAAGCAAUUGAGAGGUACAGUCAAAAGUACCAGGACAGUGAAAAGGAGCAGACAACAUGGAUUCCAGAUUGGAGAAGACUCCCAAGAGAGAUGAAACCAAAGAAGACAACCAAAAAAGGUGCAAAACCAAAAAAGGCAAAAAACUUCGAGCCUAAAAGUAAUCUGGAUGUGAUAAAAAAAAUUGAGGAGUUGGAAAAGAAGGAUGAUGAAGAAGAAAAAUCUGAAGAUGAGAAAGACAAAACAAAAGACAAAGAAGGUGAAGAUGAUGAAGAAGCAGAAGAACCAGAUGAGUAUGAUGAAGAGGAACACGAAGAGGUAUCAGAACUUCAUUGCAGUAUUUUCCUUUUUCUUUGCCAAGAAAAUAAAAUCUACUACUGUUUUAAAAGGAAAAUGACUACAUUUCCUCCUAUUUUGACGAUGGAGAUGACUUUGGUGCUGACAGUGAUGACAAUAUGGAUGAAGCAACAUACUAACUGUGGUUGCUAGGUGCUACACUGCUCAAGCCUUACACUACUUGAAGUAGAAUUCUGGAGGUAGGCUGAAUAUCAACAGACCUAAUGCUUUAGCUCCAUUGGUUUUAAGCAGACUCUCCAAAACCACAUUGGAGUUUAGUUGUAUUAUGCUGUAAAAGAGGAUAUGAGAUCCUUUGUUUUGUUCUUUUGCCAAGUGUUUUGCAGAUAUGCGCCUUUUUAAGGUCUUCUGGAAUGCCUCCUGAUGGAGUAAGCUAUAUGCCAUUGUGUCACCUCUGCACAGAAAAAGAAUGUAUGCAUUUUACUUGAAAUUGUGCCUAAGCAUUUGCACUAGUCAGUUCUGUGCCUCAGCAGUGAAAUCUUGAAACCAGUCAUGAAAUUCUUGAUGACUGCAGCAAAAGAGAUAUGGCCUUUAUGGACAUAAACUGCUUGCAUUUGGCAGCUGACUUCUGUGAAGAAGCUUAUGUAACUUCUGAGUUCAGGUGACUAGAAAUAAUUGAUGACUAAGCACUUUAAUAUAAACUGACUUGAAAAAACCUUAGAAAUAUAGACAAACAAUAUGACAGUAAUUUGAAAAGCCAUUAUUGUAGUUAGAAGAAUACAUUGCCUUUAGUAUUUUGGUAAAAUGUAUUACAUUACCUUUAUGAAUCACCUUAAGUCAUAAUUAAGGACAAUUUGAUUUAAAAAGAAUAUAUGGCAGAGGUUAGGAAAUUACAAAAUCCUGGUUUCACCAGUUAGUGAAAAUUUCAGUCCUUUGCCUCAGUUUCUCUGCCUGUUACAGUCUUUCUUACCUCACAGAGCUGUUAAGUGAGAAGGCAGAUGAUAUGUAUCUAUGUAAUUGUUAAUGCAUUUCUUUACUUCCUACAGAACAAACAAGACAGAAACAGAGAGCAAAUCAAUAGAAAAUAAAACCCAAAAAUGUAAGAAAAGAAUGUGGUGCAGUAUUUUAAUGCAUGAGGUUUUAAUUAGAAAAGCAAGGGGAGAAUGCUAAGAAUAGCAAAACCAGAAUGUUUGGAAACAUCAGUUUUAUUUAAGAACAAAAGUUGAAGUUUUGAAAAUUUAUUACUGAGUUUGAAUAAUACAGUAACAGUGCAUUCUUUGUGUCAUCUUUUGAUGGUACAAAAUAUUAUUGGUCAGUAUAAUUACAUUACUAUUGAUUGUUGUAGUUUUUUGGGUUUGGUUUUUUUUGGAAUUUUUUUUUUUUUUUUUUUACUUUCUUAAAACAUGUUCCUGUUAACUAGUGCUGUUACUGGCUCUAAUGAAAAGUUUUAAACAAAACCAAUUCUUUUUAUCAGCAAAGGAAACUACAGUAGUUUUCCUUGCAUGUCUGGCAUUCUGUCAAGGAGUACUUCACCUCACUUGACUGGGAAACAGUUCUGCAUUAUUCUGUGCACUUCUAUAUGCAGUAAGAAUUUAGUCCUUAAUGUGUAGCUUUUAAAUGUUCUGAUAAAAUACGUAUCAUAUGUAAAGGAAAUUAAACUUAAAUGCUAUGCAGGUCACACCUCAGAGGUAUACCACUUUUAUUUUGAAGUGUUUAUUGACUACAAAUGUUUAAUAAAGAUUCUACUGCAUUGCAUAGGAAA